UGCAAGUUCAAUCUGGAGUGGUGAGAAACAUGGUAAAAGAGAAGAGAGAUGGAACCCACAGCUCCUGGUUUCUCUGCAUCAAGGUGCAGACUGACCAAGAAGUUCCUUUUCUGUCCCUCUCACUGCCCAUCUAAUUCCACAUGGCUGCAGACACACGAUGCCUUCCAUCUGGCUGGAGCUGCCCUAGCCUCAAUGCACCACCAGCCUAGAGGAGUGUUUGGUACCAGCCUCUUGGCAAAAGAGCCUGAGGAAUGGAAGGGUAAAAGAAAUAUGACCCAGCUGCUAUGCACAAUGAGGGGAGAAAAAAAAAAGGCGUUUAAGGCAGGGAAUCGCAGGCUGAUUCCUGGUGUCUGCGACUGCGGGAAGAAAGGGCUGGAGAGAAACCCAAACAAAGCCCAGCGACUGGCAUCAGCUGCAGGGAAAUGCUCCAGGAGAAAAGCCUGUCUGAAACUGAGGAAGGGUUUCCAACAGCCCCCGCGCCCGGCCAUGCGGACUCCUCUGCCGGUUCCCCCGUCCUCGGCGUAGCCGGGGGGAGCAACACGCCGCUCAGCAGCCCGCAGCUCCCUGAUCCCGAGCAGACAAUAGAAAAUAUCAAAGUCUAUCUCCAUGAGAAGGAGCUAUGGAAGAAAUUUCACGAAGCUGGCACUGAAAUGAUAAUAACCAAAGCAGGCAGGAGGAUGUUUCCUAGUUACAAGGUGAAAGUGACUGGAAUGAACCCCAAGACCAAGUACAUCUUGCUGAUUGACAUUGUCCCUGCUGACGACCACCGCUACAAAUUCUGUGACAACAAAUGGAUGGUGGCUGGGAAGGCAGAGCCGGCCAUGCCGGGGCGGCUCUACGUGCACCCUGACUCACCAGCCACAGGAGCCCACUGGAUGCGGCAGCUGGUCUCCUUCCAGAAACUAAAGCUCACCAACAACCACCUGGAUCCCUUUGGACAUAUCAUUCUUAAUUCAAUGCAUAAAUACCAACCACGGCUGCACAUUGUCAAGGCGGAUGAGAACAACGCCUUUGGGUCGAAGAACACAGCUUUCUGCACCCACGUUUUUCCUGAGACCUCCUUUAUAUCAGUGACCUCCUACCAGAACCACAAGAUAACCCAGCUGAAAAUUGAAAACAACCCCUUUGCCAAGGGCUUCAGGGGCAGCGACGACAGCGACCUGCGUGUGGCACGACUGCAGAGCAAAGAAUAUCCAGUAAUUUCCAAAAGCAUCAUGAGGCAGAGGUUGGUGUCCAGUCACGGCCAGCUUUCAGCAAAGCCAGAUGUGAACCCACUUCAUGGGAAUCACCAGACCCUUCAACAUUAUCAGUAUGAGAACGGUGCUCACAUGCAAUUUGCAGCUUCAGACACUCAAGAUCUGCCACUCAACACUUUCACAGCACAGAGAGAUUCAGGACUCUUCUAUCAUUGUCUAAAAAGAAGAGAAAGCGCUCGGCACCUGGACCUGCCCUGCAAACGCUCCUACCUGGAAGCCUCCUCCUCAGUAGGAGACGAUCACUACUUCCGUUCCCCGCCUCCCUACGACCAGCAGAUGCUGAGCCCUUCCUACUGCAGCGAGGUGGCUCCGCGGGACGCCUGCAUGUACUCUGGUUCUGGGCCCGAAAUCGCUGGCGUCUCAACGGUCGACGACUUACCACCUCCACCUCCCCCCUUGAGCUGCAAUAUGUGGACUUCUGUCGCACCUUACACCAGCUACAGUGUUCAGACAAUGGAAACUGUCCCUUACCAGCCUUUCCCCGCUCAUUUUACGGCCACCACCAUGAUGCCGCGGCUCCCGUCCAUCGCGAGUCAAGGCUCACAGCCGCCAGGUAACAGUCACUUCAGUGUCUACAAUCAGCUGUCCCAGUCUCAGGUUCGGGAGCGGGUUCCUUCCUCAUCUUUCCCCAGGGAAAGGGUGCACCCCUCUGUGUGCGAGAGAAAACCUCCCUCUCCGCACCUCAACGCGGCCAACGAGUUCCUGUACUCACAGAGCUUCUCCUUGUCGAGGGAGUCGUCGCUGCAGUAUCAUUCAGGGAUAGGGACUGUGGAGAACUGGACUGACGGGUGACUGCCAUGGCCAAGCAAUGCCACAGCCAACGUUACUGCUCCAGGACAGUUCCAUCAGUGUUGAUACCUGUGGGUAACUUGCACUUCGGUGAGACAAAUGUGCAUUUCCAGAGGAAUUUGUGUGGGUGAAGAGCUUGCAUCUUCAGACACACAGAGAAUGACAUCUCCUGUCUCGGUGGACUGGAUUCAUCAGUCACUUACUGACUCCUGAAUAAAUGAAGUCAUUACUGAUCUAGUAGAAACCAUCUUCAUGACCACCAAGUGAAGUGGCCAGUCAUUUUCUUUGGCUUGUAACAUGAACCAUCCACGGGCAAAUUUUGGCUCUUUGAGGGGGGUAAAAAAAUGAGCUUCACUUUCUUGGUACUUGGUUCAUGAAGGCACAGCAACCCCAGCACACAAAGGAAUAAGUGAUCCGUUUGGUUGUGUAGCUUAAGGACUGCUGUAGCAGCAUUCUUUAGCUCUUUUUCUCUGUAGAAAUUCCUUCUUCCUCUGGAAGUGACAGAGCUGUAGGAGCCAGUGGAGAGGCUCGGUGGUGGGGUCAGGGAGAUGCGGUGCCACUCUGGUACCUCCCCGGUGCAGUGCAGGGUACAUGCCACAGUGCGUGGAGGAUAAGGCACUGAUGCACAAAUGUCUCUUCUUCCCCCCCACCCCCAACAUCAUCCCUCGUGGCUGUGGGAAAUGAAGAAGCAAAGCGUUAACGCCCGAGGCCAAACAGCAAAUGAAUUGCAGUGUUAGGAACAGACCCAAAGUCUUCAGACUCCCAUCCGUCGAUUGAAUCACACUUGCUUAUUGCAAUAUAUUUAUGAAGAUUAAGCUUAAAAAUUGCUAAUACUUUCCAGAAAUGGUUUCUGUAUUUGCUGGUCCUUGAUUUCUUUUGUGCUCAGCUGGAACGUGCCUUUUGUGCUAUGUUUGUUGUGUUUUCUUCUCUUGCAGCUAACAGGGAAAGAAUUGUUUUCAGCAUAAAGGAGGCAUGGAGGAAUCUUUUCUUAGUUGUUGGUGAGGUGAGGAGAGGUCUCAACAUCUGUCAGGCUUUGCAAAGUACAGAUAUUUGUAUAGAACAGGUAAAAAAAUCUGUAACCAGUGUAUACAUUGCUACUCCUGUUUGCUGUGGAAGUAUCUUGAGCUGACUCCUGCAGCGUUGGCUUUGCCUAUCAGAGUGGCCCUGAUGCAGCAACAGCCAUGGUGUGCAACAGCCUCACCUGGGAAAGCAAGCUGGGCUCUUUCUGGAGAGAAGCUCCCACGGUCUUCACCCAAAAAGCUCCUGAAAAAUGGGCUGUGUUCUUCUCCAGUGUGCAGUGUCUCCAUCCUGCUGAGCUCCCAGGUGAUCCUGUCCUGAGGCACGGCAACGCAAAGAUGGAUGCUAGGAGCUUGGGCCCACUAAAGAGAGCAAAAUUCAAGCUUUAGUCAUGCACAGCAGGAGCCUUUCCCCUCCCCUGCUUCCCAAACGGGCAAAGGCAAAAAAGCUGAAAUACAACUUUGGAAGCUGUGAGGUACUCCUGUGUCUUGGUGGCUCCAUUCCAAGGAAGAGAGGCUGGUGGAUGAGGGUGUCUGCUUGCAGUGAAACUAUCUGAAGGCCACCAAAACAGGUCAUGCUUCAAGCAGGGCCAAUCUCAUACCCCCAUUCAUCAGACUACAUGUGUGGAUUUUGUAAUCAGAUCUUGGAAAUCACUACAACUUUUGCAUGCUGAAUAGCUAUUUAUAUACAUAUAUAUUAUAUAUAUAUAUAUAAAAAAAUAUAUAUAACACAAAUGCAGGCCACGUGUCCCAUUCAGCUUUGCUUUUUACAAAUGAAUACUUAAUAAAAAUGAAUGUUGCAAGGUUGGGUUUUUUUUUAAUUUUAAAGACAUCUAUUUAAGAUUAUUUUUUUUAAUCAAACACCUUUGAUGUAAAAACUAAGAAUUAGCUAGGUUUAAAAAAAAACAAAACCAAACAUAUAUACUGCAGAUAAAUCUUUGGAACCACAUUAGGUGCAGGUGGUAUGGACUUUUUCAAUGUUUGUUACAUAGCAUGGGCAUCUUAUUUUACAUAUCAGAACAUAAAGUCAUUUUACUACUAUAAGCUGUCUCUGG